AUGCCUUCCAGAACGCUCCCUACGUUUACGCGCGCCGAAGUCGAGACGCAUAGCUCAGAAAAAUCCUGUUAUGUCACCAUCGGCACCAAGGUCUACGAUGUCACUGACUUCCUGUCCGACCACCCCGGUGGUGGCCAGCUUAUCAUCGACUAUGCUGGCAAGGACAUCGAAGACAUUUUGAAGGACAGCGUUUCCCACACACAUAGCGAGGCUGCGUACGAAAUCCUUGACGAUUCCCUUGUUGGCUUUGUCGUUACCGAAAAGAACGGUGCCGCCAAUGGAAACGGCACUGCCAAUGGCGAGCCCAAAGACACGGAUUAUACCCAGGACUACAAGAAGCACAAAUUUUUGGAUCUGAGCAAGCCACUGUUCCCCCAGCUCUGGUAUGGAAACUUCACCAAAAAGUUUUAUCUCGACCAGGUGCACCGUCCACGUCACUACAAGGGUGGUCAGUCUGCGCCCCUCUUUGGAAACUUCCUGGAGCCUCUUUCGAAAACUCCAUGGUGGGUGAUUCCGGUCCUCUGGCUUCCCUGUGACGCAUACGGCUCAUUUUUGGCCUUCCAAGGCUUCGACUACCCCAUCAUUUUUGCGGCAUACUGGGUCCUUGGAUUCUGCAUUUGGAGCCUCGUGGAAUAUGGUCUGCACAGAUUCUUGUUCCAUCUUGAUGACUAUCUUCCUGACAACCGAUAUGGAAUCAUUGCGCACUUCUUGCUCCACGGCAUCCACCACUAUCUGCCCAUGGACAAGUACAGAUUGGUCAUGCCUCCAACCAUGUUUUUGCUACUUGCGACCCCCUUUUGGUAUCUCGCUCAUACCAUUUUCGCCUACAACUGGUAUGCGGCGACUGCAGUCUACUGCGGUGGCAUUUUUGGCUACAUUUGCUAUGACUUGACCCACUACUUCCUGCACCACGAGAACCUUCCUCUCUGGUACAAGGGACUCAAGAAGUACCACCUGGAGCACCACUUCCUCGAGUACGAGCUUGGCUUCGGUGUUACCACCAAGUUCUGGGACAACGUGUUUGGUACCGAGCUGAAGCCCAAUGUUGUCAAGACCCAAUAA